CCCAGCCUGACCACUGCCCUGCCGUUGCCGCCAUUGCCACCAUGCCCCCCAGGAAGAGGACGCGGCCGGGUCUGGGCUUCCUGUGCUGCUUCGGCAGCAGCGAGCCGCCGGAAAUCAACCUGAAGGACAGCGUGCCGCUGCAGCUGCUGGAGUUCAGCACGCCCAUGCCGCCCGCGGAGGAGCUGAACGCCCGCUUCUCCGAGCUGGUGGAUGAGCUGGACCUGACAGACAAGAACAGGGAGGCCAUGUUUGCUCUGCCCGCGGAGAAGAAAUGGCAGAUCUACUGCAGCAAGAAGAAGGAGCAAGAGGACCCCAACAAGCUGGCCACUAGCUGGCCUGACUACUACAUUGACCGGAUCAACUCCAUGGCUGCUAUGCAGACCCUUUUUGCCUUUGAUGAGGAGGAGAUGGAAAUGAGAAACAAAGUGGUGGAGGAUCUGAAGACGGCGCUUCGGACUCAGCCAAUGAGGUUUGUCACGCGCUUCAUCGAACUGGAUGGCCUCACCUGCCUCCUCAACUUCUUGCACAGCAUGGACUACGAGACGUCAGAGAGCCGCGUGCACACCUCGGUCAUCGGCUGCAUCAAGGCCCUGAUGAACAACUCGCAGGGCCGCGCCCACGUCCUCGCCCACCCGCAGAGCAUCAACACCAUUUCGCAGAGCUUGCGGACGGAGAACAUCAAGACCAAGGUGGCAGUGCUGGAGAUCCUUGGGGCGGUGUGCCUGGUACCUGACGGGCACAAGAAGGUUCUUCAGGCCAUGGCACACUACCAGAAGUAUGCUGCCGAGAGGACUCGCUUCCAGACACUGCUGAAUGAGCUGGACCGGAGCACGGGCCGAUACCGAGACGAGGUCAACUUGAAGACGGCCAUCAUGUCCUUCAUUAAUGCAGUGCUCAAUGCUGGAGCAGGAGAGGACAACCUGGAGUUUCGCCUCCAUCUAAGGUACGAGUUUUUGAUGUUGGGUAUCCAGCCGGUCAUCGACAAGCUCCGGGAGCACGAGAAUGCCACUCUGGAUAGGCAUUUGGACUUCUUUGAGAUGGUGCGGAACGAGGACGACUCCGAACUGGCCAAACGGUUUGAUAUGCCCCAUGUGGACACCAAGAGUGCCGGUGCCAUGUUCGAACUGAUAAAGAAGAAGCUGAACCACACAGAGGCAUACCCGUACCUCCUCUCCAUCCUCCAACACUGCCUACAGAUGCCCUAUAAACGUGGAGGGGGCAGCCUGCAGCACUGGCAGCUCUUAGAUAGGAUCCUUCAGCAGAUAGUCCUACAGGAUGACAAGGGAGAGGACCCUGAUGUUGCUCCACUGGACAACUUCAGUGUCAAGAAUAUAAUCCGCCUGUUGGUCAAUGAGAAUGAGGUGAAGCAGUGGCGGGACCAGGCAGAAAAGUUCAGGAAAGAACAUGCAGAGCUUUUGGCCAAGCUGGAAAGGAAAGAGCGGGAGUGUGAGACCAAGACGCAAGAGAAGGAUGACAUGAUGAAGACUUUGAAUAAGAUGAAGGACAAACUGCAGCGUGAGGGUGUGGAGCUCCGCUCUGCCAGGGAACAAGUCCUGGACCUGUCCUCGCGCAUACAUGACAUAGCUGGUGGCAACCUGUCUUUCCCACCGCCUCCACCUCCCCCUGGUGGUCCUUUGGCGCCACCUCCACCGCCGAUGAACUGCGGCUUCCCUCCACCUCCUCCUCCACUUCCCUUCAGCUCCCCACCGCCUCCUCCACCGCCGCCGCCACCCGGAGGCCCGCCUCCUCCGCCGGGAGCCCCGCCCAUUUUCGGUGCACCGCCUCCUCCGGCUCUUCCUUCAUUCAGCACCACAACCACCCUGCGCUCCAAGUCCAUCCCUCAACCCUCCCAUCCCCUCAAGUCCUUCAACUGGGCCAAACUAGGGGAGAAUAAGAUCACGGGCACCAUCUGGCACGACAUCGAUGACCUGAGGGCUUUCAAGAUCCUCGACCUUAAGGACAUAGAGAAGAUGUUCUCCGCCUAUCAGAGACAGCAGGAGCUGCUCACUAACCAAUCCUUCAAACAGAAAGAGACCGGCUCUAUGGAUGAUCUGUACGUGAGCACACGGAAGGUCAAAGAGUUGUCCGUCAUCGACGGCCGACGUGCACAGAACUGUGUCAUUCUGCUCUCAAAGUUAAAAAUGAGCAACGAGGAGAUCAGAAGGGCCAUCUUGGAGAUGGACGAGAGGGAAGAGCUGGCCAAAGACAUGUUGGAGCAGUUGUUGAAGUUUGUCCCAGAGAAGAGUGACGUUGACCUCCUGGAGGAGCACAAACACGAGCUGGAGCGCAUGGCCCGCGCCGACCGCUUCCUGUUUGAGAUGAGCAGAAUCGACCAUUACCAACACAGACUCCAGGCUCUGUUCUUUAAGAAGAAGUUUGCCGAGCGUCUGGCGGAAACCAAGCCCAAGGUCGAAGCUAUUCUGAAUGCAUCCAAGGAGGUGGUGCGCAGCAAGCGGCUGACACAGAUCUUGGAGGUGGUGCUGGCCUUUGGCAACUUUAUGAAUAAGGGACAGCGAGGCAAUGCUUACGGCUUCAAGAUCUCCAGCCUCAACAAGAUCGCUGAUACCAAGUCCAGCAUAGACAGGAGCAUCACCAUGUUGCACUACCUGAUCAUGAUUUUCGAGAAGAACUUCCCCGACACGCUCUACAUCCAGCAGGACCUCAGCAGUUUAUCGGAGGCGGCCAAAGUGAAUCUCGCUGAGUUGGAAAAGGAGGUUCACAGCAUCAAGAGCGGACUGAAGGCCCUCGAGGCGGAGCUGCAGUAUCAGCAGAGCAGGACGAGGGAACGUGGCGACAAGUUUGUGGCCGUGAUUGGUGACUUUAUCACUGUGGCUGGGUUCAGUUUCUCUGAGCUGGAGGACCAGCUCAGCGAAGCCAAGGACAAGUUUGCCAAGGCUCUGAAGCACUUUGGAGAGGAGAACGGGCGGAUGCAGCCCGACGAGUUCUUCGGCAUCUUCGACACCUUCCUGCAGUCGUUCAGCGAAGCACGGCAAGACCUGGACAACAUGCAGCGACGCAAGGACGAGGAGGAGAGGAGGGCGCGGAUGGAGGCUAUGCUCAAGGAACAGCGAGAGCGGGAACGGAGGGCCAAGAAGGGCAGCACCACAGACGAGGUGGGCGGGGAAUUUGAUGACCUGGUGUCGGCGCUGCGCUCGGGCGAGGUCUUCGACAAGGACCUGAACAAGUUCAAACGCAACCGCAAGCGCUCUGUCAACCUGGUGGAGAGCGGCGGCCGCGAGCGUCCCGUCACCAAGGUCAACUACUAG